CUAUUCAGUCCCAUCCCCUGUUAAAAGUGUUGAGCUGCUGCUUUAUCCAAAGUUUUCAACUUUAAGACAUGGUUACACCAGUCGGAGUUGCAGCAGCAGCAACGGCACCCCAAGCUACGACUGGUCCGCUAACGUGCGCACUGGGUCCGUCCUGUCAAGGGCUCAGUGGAAGUCUGGGACCGGCUCGCAGUUUGCAGUGGCCAAAGAAACAGAGAAAAUGCAGAAGGAAAGUCGGUGCCAUCGAUAUUAGGGCCCAAUUUGAGCUGAAGCCUCCUCCAUAUCCACUGGAUGCAUUGGAGCCGCAUAUGAGCAAGGAGACGUUAGAGUAUCACUGGGGGAAGCACCAUAGGGGUUAUGUGGAUAACCUAAACAAGUUGAUAGCAGGAACAGAACUAGGUGAAUUGUCAUUGGAAGAUGUCAUACUUGCUACAUACAACAAGGGGGAUAUGCUCCCACCUUUCAAUCAAGCAGCGCAGAUCUGGAACCAUGACUUCUUCUGGGAAUCCAUGAAACCAGGUGGCGGGGGAAAACCAUCCGGGGAACUUCUAGAACUAAUUAAUAGAGACUUUGGUUCUUUUGAGAGAUUGAUUGACGAUUUAAGGUCAGCUGCAACUACACAGUUGGGUUCUGGCUGGGCUUGGCUUGCAUAUAAAGCAAAUAGACUUGAUGUUGGAAAUGCAGUAAAUCCUAAGCCAUCUGAUGAAGACAAGAAGCUUGUAGUGGUGAAGAGUCCUAAUGCCGUUAACCCGCUUAUUUGGGAUUAUUCUCCACUCCUUACUAUCGAUGUUUGGGAGCAUGCUUACUACCUCGAUUUUCAGAACCGGCGAGCAGAUUACUUAUCAAUCUUCAUGGAGAAACUUGUAUCGUGGGAAGCAGUCAGUUCUAGGCUUGAAAUAGCGAAGGCUCGAGCUACUGAAAGAGAGGAAGAAGAGGAAAGGAAGAAGAGAGAGGAGGCGGAGAAAACAUCAGACGGUGAAGUUCCAGAGAUUUAUGUGGACAACAAGAGCGAUGACUCAGAGACCGAAUGAGUUCAGUUUAUUUGCAGUCUAGAUAAUCCGGGAACAGUUAUAGGCUCGUUGCCUUCCAAAUGUAAUAGAGGUGAUCUAAGUUUAGGCGGCAUGUACCAAAUUUUGUGUAUCCACGAGGAAUGAGUUGAUAGAAUGUAGGGCACGAUUUAGCAAAAAGUAAUACAACACGUUGUUGAUUUUUCUCAAGGAAA